AUGAGGAAGAGAGCGUGUGAUUCCUGUCACAGGCGAAAGAUUCAGUGUGAUGGAGCAGUCCCACAAUGCAACUGGUGUAAGCACCAUGGAAUGGCUUGCACGUUCAACCGGGCCACCAAGGUGAAGAAGCGUGUGGCUACAGCGAGGGCGGGAUCAGAAAAAGACCUAGUUGAACGCCUCAACCGUAUUGAGAAGGCCUUGGAGGCGGCUCGGCGGAACCAAGAUGCAGGGGUGGAGGGGGGAGGGCCGCGGGACGAAUCCACUGCCUCCCCAUCGUCAUCCUCGGCGCCCAUGUCAACUGUUGGCCCGGAUCCGCCGGCCGCCGACGGUAAUCCGGACACAACCCAAGGCCGAUCUUAUGACUCAUCAGCCCGGGCUGCUUCCGGUGCAACCGUGGGGAAGCUGCACUUUGCCGGUUACUAUCUGGGCGAUGUCAGCUCCUACAAUGGCAUCCCUUUCUUUUCUGCCGACGGCCAAGAGUGGAUUCGCUCUCGGGCUGGAGAGGAUGCCUCGUUCCAAAACCUAUUUGGAAUGGGUCCUCUAUGGCAGACACAACACCCAGUCCCAAUCUUCAUAGACUUCCCAGAAGGGAACGCUAGUGGAGAGCUGCCCGAUAAGACAGUUGUUGAAGAGUAUCUCGCUCUCUUCCGAGCAUCCCAGUUCGGCUUAUCGUUUCCAGUAAUCGACUUCGUCCUCUUCCAAGAGACAAUCGAGCUGGCCUAUGAGCAAGCUGACGGUAGCCCAUCUCUCGAGUCCGUGACGGCAAAGGCAUGUGUCUUUGCCUUCUUCGCUGUAGUUUCCCUCUUUCAGGGAGAAUGGAACUCUACACCCGAGAUUGAUGGUGAGGCAUGUGCCGGCGCCGCCCAGAGACUGGUAGCAGUCAUUCUGCAGGGUACCAACAUCACUGCUCUCGAGACAGUCUUCAUGCUGGGCAUGUACCACCUCUUCUGCGGCCAUCUGCAACAAGGUGCCAUGUUCCAGUCCGCCACAUGUCGAGUGUUAUUCAUGCUUGGCGGACACCUCGAGCCCGGAUCAAGCCGUCCAACUCCAUGCCAGACGCCCCAAGCCGAGGACGACCACACCUCACGAGUGAGGAAUCAAUUACGCAGACUUUUCUGGUUGUCCUUCAAGCUCGAUAAGGAUAUAUCCCUCCGAACAGGGCAACCUCCCAGCAUCCAUGAUGAACAUUGCGACCUGACUUUGCCAAAGAUGGAUUGGUGGAUCCGGAGUAUAGAUGACCUCACGGGCGGCUCACCGUCCUUUCUCGACGAGGCAACAAUCACGUCGGCUCUCGCACCCGACUCCCUGCAGUUGACGAUUAUCAAAUCUCAGAUCUCAACGAGAUUGUACUCGCAGUCGGCCCUAAAGAAGGGCGACGCAGAACUGCUUAGGGAUAUCCGCGAACUCGAUGAUGAGCUGGAACGAUGGCGGACGUCGGUUCCACUGUCCUAUAGGCCGACGUUGACCUUCCCUCGGGGCACGGCGGUCGUGAGGAAGGGACGGCUAGGUAUGGAGGAGAUAAUUCUGCACUUCGAGUAUCAUUACUUGAUGGCAAUGAUACACCGAGCAAGUGGGAGAUGUCGCUGUUGGGCAAGCGGCGAAGGCAGUGGGUUGGAGGGCGUCAGUUCGAGUCAGGCCCUCUCCGUACAGGCCAGCCGAUCUACUCUCUACUUCCUCAAAGCAGCCAUCCAUGGCGUGGAACAAGUGGCAUUCUGGAUGGUGGUAUUCUACCCCAUGUCAGCAAUCCUCACAAUAUUUUGCAAUCUCCUCCUGCAACCCCUGAAUCCCCAAUCCGAAGAAGACAUCGAGCUCUUCAACUCGGUUCCGAAACUCGUCGAGAGCAUGCGGAAUCGCCACCUGACGCCGAACGAGGUCGCCCACGUCAAGAUCGUGGACGAUUUCGUUGCGGAGCUCACGCGGCUGGGGAAGCGCGCGAUUGCUAAAGCGCGGAGGGAACAAGAAUUGGCUUGA